AUGGCGGGAGAAUUGGUAUGUCAUACUAAACUCACAAUAGAAGAAGAAAAUAAAAGAACUAUGUAUGAAUGUAUUGAUCGUCUAAAUGUUGAACUUCAAGCAAGAUCAAAACCAUUAAAAAAUAUUUUAGAUAUGUUUGAAUGUGUCCAAGCUAAAUUUUUAGUUUCUGAACAUAAUAAUGAAGAAGACUUGACGUUAUCUACUAAUAAAUUAACUUCAUUUUAUCAUGAAAUAUCCCAUGAUGAACUAAUUUUGGAAAUUCCACGACUCAAGCGACAUCUUAAAGCAGCAGGAAAUAAUUUGAAAAUAGUUAAAAAUUGGACAGCUUUAGAUAUUUUGACUUUCAUCACAGAAUGGGACUUCACAAAAACGCUUCCAAUGCUUUUUCUCACCUUAAGAUUAUUCUUAACUAUUUGCGUGUCCGUUGCAUUAUGGGAAAGGAGCUUUUCAAAAUUAAAACUGAUAAAAAAUUAUUUACGAUCAACUAUGGGCCAAUCAAGACUUUCUGAUCUUGCGAUAUUAUAUAUAGAGAGUGAGUUUGUCAAAAGCAUUGAGUUUGAUAACGUAAUUGAUAAAUUUGCAAGUUUAAAAGUAGGAAAAGAAACAUUUUAA